CACUCACUCACGCUUUCUUAUAGAAGACACAAUCUCAUCACACAGAUACGAUCGAUCUCUGCUCUCAACAUCGCACUCAUUCUUGAUUCGUUUCCAUCUCUUGCCUUUUUGCAGUUCAGUCUAGCUCAAUCUACAAAAAAGUGAAUGCUGAAUCAAAGGACAUAAUCGAUUCUACGUGCGUACGCGCCACGUUUGAAUCAUGCAUUCAGGUAGACCAUCUUCAGCUACGGCUCAACAUGUUAUCAAUAUGAUCGGAAUGGAUCCAGGUCUAGGCUUGAGCAGUGGUGCAAUACAAAGUAUGGGCGGAAGUGGAACAACCAGCAAUGCAACGACGGCAAACGGUUCAGGAGCAGGAAUGACUUCUCAUCCUAGUGCUUUACCGGGCACCUAUCGUUCCACUCCAUCACAACAGCAGCAAUACCAACAACAACCUCUAUCGCCGAGACUUCCGGGAAAUCUAUCUCCUCAGAAUAUUGGGAGCCCGACAGGUAAUCCGAUGUCCAAUUAUGCAUCACCACAAUCUGCUCAAGGUGGAUUAUCACCUCCUUUAAUCCCUUCUACUUCGCAACUUGGACGUAGUCAAUCACUUGGACAUGCUGCUUAUCAACAAUACCACAACCUUCAUCAAAAGCAACAGCAACAUCAGCAUGCACAACAACAAAUGCCACAAUCUUCCACUACGGCAGAUUUGUACAAUAUGCAAGCUGGUGGAUCUUCCUCCAGAAGAGACAGAAGUCAGCAGUAUUCCGAUGGUGGGAUAGGGACAAAGAAUGUCGCAAACGCAAGUAUUUUGCCAACGAUCAAUACACAUAUACCCUCAAGUUCUUUGAUGAAUUCGCCUUAUAGUCCUUCAAAUCGACAUUCAAUGAUGUUUGACCCUUCUGCUUCGGCAAGAUUGUCUACUGGAUCUUCAGCAGCAACAGGCCCUACUCAACCACACUCUCCAGGUACUACUGCAGCAACAUCUUAUGGAUCUCCUUAUAUACCCUCGCAACAUCUUCCACCACAACAUAUGGCGGGAACACGACCGAUGAGCAUGGUAGACCCAUCAAGUGGUUAUAAUCAAGGCUUGGCGGCGUCAUAUGGAGGAGCGCAAACAAUCUCUCCUGUGGCCGGGUCUAGCAAACGAGCGUCUGUUCCUCAUCCUCAGAAUACGAUGGAUCAAGGACAUGUUUUGCCCCUGCAUAAUUCGCCGCAGAUCAAUUCACCCAGUGGAUAUGGCGACUCAUUGCCUUUAUACAGUAAUGCAUCUUCCAGCAGACCGCCCCUCUCAUCACCUUAUAUGCCCAUGUCUCCAAGCACAGCCAAUCGCGUAGGUGCGCCUCCUCGAACGACAACAAUCAGUGGUGCUUACUCGCCCGUUCAUGUUGCUUCGGAUCGGAUGAGCAUUGAACCAAAUGCACAAGCGACACCUCGAAAGGAGAGAAGGAAUACAGUCACCAGUAACGAUACCGUCACACGUCAGCAGCUUGGUCAAUUUGAGGAAUGGGAACGUAAACAGCGCGUACUUCAAAAACGGCAAGAGGGCUUCCGGAGAGUACGUGAUUUGAACGAUCUAAAAGUCAAUCUAGAACCUGCUCAACAAGGAAUAGGAAGACGUGCUGAUCCGAUGGGUGGGUAUGUGAGCCCAUUAAAAGCAAUGACUGCCUAUUUGCACCACACGUAUCAUUUGGUCAAUCCAGCUUUCUUUUAUGAAUUGUCCUUUAAUCCUCGACGUGUUCUUACGAAGCCUAGUAGGCCGAUGCAUAAUGAUGGUCAUGACAACGAGGACAGCGAUUAUAUCUUGUACGUAAACGACUGGCUUGGAACAGAAGAAGGCAAUCGGUAUUUGAUCUUGGACAUCUUGGGCCAAGGUACGUUCGGACAAGUGGUCAAAUGUCAAAAUAUGAAGACGCGCGAGAUCGUGGCUGUAAAGGUGAUCAAAAACAAGCCAGCCUAUUUCAACCAGAGUAUGAUGGAAGUUACGAUUUUGGAAAUGCUGAAUGGAAAUUGGGAUCCAAACGAUGAACAUCAUAUUCUUCGUUUACGCGAUACCUUUAUUCAUGCAAAGCACUUGUGUUUGGUAUUCGAGCUUCUCUCGUCGAAUUUGUACGAAUUGAUCAAGCAAAACUCGUUUAGAGGAUUGAGCACAAGUUUGGUCAGGGUAUUCACUACACAACUCUUGGACGCUUUAACGGUUCUUAAUGAGGCAAGAUUGAUUCACUGUGAUUUGAAGCCGGAAAAUAUUCUCUUGAAAACGCUGCAAACGCCAAGUAUCAAAUUGGUCGAUUUCGGAAGUGCUUGUCAUGAAAGGCAAACAGUAUACACCUAUAUCCAAAGUAGAUUUUACCGGUCGCCAGAAGUGUUGCUAGGAUUGCCUUACAAUUCGGCAAUCGACAUGUGGUCUUUGGGAUGUAUUGCGAUCGAGCUGUUCUUGGGUUUGCCGCUGUUCCCAGGUACUUCAGAAUACAACCAAAUUUGCCGUAUUGUGGAGAUGCUUGGGCUGCCGCCGAGAUGGAUGUUAGAACAAGGAAAGCAAACGGGAGAAUUCUUUAAUGUGUACACGGAUGAAUACGGACGCAAGCAGUUCAAGCUCAAAAGCAUUGAUCAGUACAGUAAAGAGCAUAAUACACCUGAACAACCUUCUAAGCGAUACUUCCAAGCGACAACAUUGCCGGACAUCGUUAAAACGUACCCUAUGUCACGAAAGAGUGGAAAAGCUACGGAUGUGCAAAAGGAGAUGGCUAAUAGAGCAUCCUUUAUUGAUUUCACCUCAGGUUUACUGAACAUGGAUCCUAACUUGCGAUGGACUCCGCAACAAUCCAAAUUGCAUCCUUUCAUUACGGGAGAAAAGUAUGUGCACCCAUUCAAGCCGCCAGUCACCUCACCUGGUUCGAUUCAACGAUCUACCAGACCAGGUGGUAGUGCAGCACAAGUCAAUACAAGUGAUCCAAGUAGGCAUCCCUUUGGUGGUCUGCCUGAAACGCCAGCAAGGUCAACGGGAAGAACGUAUCAAGAUGCUGCCGCUUAUAGUCAACAUUUGGCACAACAACAAGCCUAUAAUGCAGCCCAUCAGGCUAGACAGAAUCAGAUCAAUAACCCCUACGUGCGAGAAGAUGCAGCAAGGGCGGAAGCGGAUGCUCAAGUCGGUUCCAAUCAGGCUCAGGUAGCUGCUGCCCAAGCACAUGCUCAAGCCCAAGCUCAGGCUCAGAUGCACGCACAAGCACAAGCACAAGCACAAGCAGCACAAUUGCAAGGAACCGCCAUGUCACCGCAAUACGGUCAACUGCCUGGCGGUGCGAUCCAAGAUGGACGUGGUAGCGCAUCUGCUUAUACGCAAAAUCGAAGCAGAAGCAAUACAUUGACGAGAAUGGAAGUUAUACCACCGCAAAUGGCAAAGAUGGGCUUGGAAGCUGGUCACAGGAUGACGCCAGUGAUGAACAGAGAUGAAAGUAUGCGGGAAUGGGAGCGUCAGCAACAAGCAGGUGCUAAUAAUCAAGUGGGAAGUGGAUCGAUGGGAAACACAAAUCAAGGUAAAUCGUCGGCGCGAUCUGGAAAGCAACGAAAUGAUUAUCACAAUCUUGAUUUGCUUCAUCAACAAGCUGAGCAGCAAGCACAAAGAACUGCUUCGUACAACGGCCAACAGCAACAGGUACCCUACCAAUCGCCGAACUCUAACGCUCAGAACUGGCAAGCGGCUGCAAAUUCGUUGGUAGGUAUGGCGAAUCCACAGCAGCCUUCUAGUGGUGGAUCUGGCUACAUUCCAUCCUCAAGCAUGUCUCCCACCGGUAUGAAGAGCCGACAACACUCUUUUAGCGUUGUCGUAGAUGGUCAGCAACAACAACAACGCUUACCAGCUUCCGCUUCUGCCAACUUUGCUGGUUCAUCGCCAAAGAUGCAAGGCGGAACGUUGCCUACUCAAAUUGCAGCCCCACCUCCUGCUGCUUACACUUCAAAUUCACGUCAACCACUUUCUGCUCCUAACACAAAUGGAGCUGUUGCGGGUUUAAGCUUUGAUCCAUAUCAGACAGAUAUUGCACAAUUGCAACCGGCUUUGCAUCCUACGCAAUAUCAUACUGUUGGACAUGCGCCAAUGAGUGCAGGAAAUCCACAAGCACGUCAUUCGAUGGGAGGCGGAACGAUGCCUGCAACAAAUCGACAUUCGAUCGCAAUUCCACAUGUUUCUUCACCCAAUUCAGUUUUGACAAAUUCGGGAGGUGGAAUGAUUGGUAGUAAUUCUUUGGCCAAUUUGCAAGGAUUGUAUACCAAUCCUGCAUCUGAUCCGGCUAUUGCUGCACAUCAACAACAGCGAAGUGAUGGCUAUGGUGGAUUGUCGGAUUUGAUGUUUUCGGGCGGUGGUGGAGCACAGCAACAACAACAUAGAUUUGCCCAUCAACAAUCUCCCGUUCAGCCUACACAAUCACCGAAUGAUUUUAACGGUUUACCACAAUAUCAAACGAGGCGGUAUUGAUGAGAUGUAGUAAGGGAAGAAGAAGAAGUGGAUUCCGCGGUUUUUUUGGAUGGUUUGAUCGAAAAAAGCACAUUAUGAUUUAUUGUACUGCAAUCUUUUCGUCUUACUUUCACUGAUGAAGAAAUGUUUUUAAUGAAUUUUGCCAUUUAUUGGCAAUUAUGCUCGGAA